GAAUUGUACAUCCCAGCAGGCGGAGAGGAGCCCCCACCUCAUCGUCAUAGACUCGCAGGCCUCAGCUCCUUCCUCCUCCCUCACACCCUGCACCCCCCACAACAUCACUGCAGAGGCUGCCUGACCCCGGCCGUGCUGACUGAGGAGCCCUGAACACGGAGGACCUUCCCCCCUCAGGACACGGCGUGGUUUUAUAAGCUCCAGCUCACCAGCAUAAAUUAAGGAAUUAUGUCUCAGAUAAUACAAGCCAAUGGAGCUCAGCCACUCAGCAAAACAUGGGAGCUGAGUUUAUAUGAACUGCAGAGAACACCACAGGAAGCAAUUACAGAUGGGCUAGAAAUUGUAGUAUCACCUAGAAGCUUGCACAGUGAACUUAUGUGUCCAAUUUGCCUUGACAUGCUGAAGAACACAAUGACAACUAAAGAAUGUCUGCACAGGUUUUGUGCUGACUGCAUAAUAACUGCUCUCAGAAGUGGAAAUAAAGAAUGUCCAACAUGCCGUAAAAAAUUGGUCUCCAAAAGAUCAUUGCGCCCAGAUCCAAACUUUGAUGCCCUCAUCAGUAAGAUCUACCCAAGCCGAGAUGAAUAUGAAGCUCAUCAGGAAAGAGUACUGGCCCGGAUCAGCAAACAUAACAAUCAACAAGCACUGAGCCACAGUAUUGAAGAAGGUCUUAAGAUACAAGCAAUGAACAGAUUACAAAGGGGGAAGAAGCAACAAGUGGAAAAUGGAAGUGGAGCUGAAGAUAAUGCAGACAGUUCCCACUGCAGUAAUGCUUCUGUACACAGCAAUCAAGAAGCUGGGCCCAGCAAUAAGAGGACAAAAACAUCUGAUGAUUCUGGUUUGGAGCUGGAUGCAAAUAAUGAGACUGUAACACUGGAUCCUGUGUUGGAUGGAUCCAAUGAGAUAGAGCUGGUCUUUAGGCCUCACCCAACACUAAUGGAGAAAGAUGAUAAUGCUCAGACACGGUUCAUAAAGACUUCUGGAAAUGCUACAGUUGAUCACUUAUCUAAAUACCUUGCUGUGAGAUUGGCUCUUGAAGAAUUUCGGAAUAAAGGAGAGACCGACCAGAUGAGUCUGAAUGCUGCCAGUGAAAAGCAGUAUACUAUAUACAUUGCUACAGCCAAUGGACAAUUUACAGUUUUAAAUGGCUCCUUUUCCUUGGAACUGGUCAGUGAAAAGUACUGGAAGGUAAAUAAACCCAUGGAACUCUACUAUGCACCUACUAAGGAGCACAAAUAAUUUGGGACUUCUCUUUUCAAAAGGAUUUUUUUUUCUUAUCCUAAAGACAAACUAUGUACACUUCAUACUCAAGUGGCAUCUCCAAUAUUUCCUAAAGAAUAUGUGUGAAUUUAUUCACAAAAACAUGUUGAUGGUGUUUUUGAAGACAGCCCUGUACAGCUUUUUGGAAUUAAGGGAUCUGUGUAAUCCUGGAAGUUGAGAACUAUGGUUUUACGUAUUAUGGAUAUUCUUAUUUAUUUAUUUUUUUUGUCUUAAUUGGGGUCUGUGGAUUUGUUCAGAAACAAAUGUAGCACCAAACAAGUUGAAAAUUAUCGGUAUGUAAAGCUAGUGGUAUCAUAAU